AUGGUUGAAGCAGAGGAUGACGAAGUUCAUGGUGUGGAAGCAAUGCUUGAUACACUUACUGCUCCUGUUAAGGUUGUUUACACAGUUGCAUUAGAGGAAGUCAAGCGGCGCAUGAUGAAAUGGAAGGCGGCCAUCCUUAAGGAAUUUCAAGCGCUUUGGGACGCCCACGCCUUGACUCCUUUGUCUGAAGCUGAACGCCAGGCGCUCGAGGGUUCUGGAACUUUGUUUGUUCUUCCGGCGAAAGGGGUAUUCACGAUAAAACCUCCUGAUGAAGUAGCUCUACCUGCUCCUGAAUCAGUGGCUGCUCAUGCGGACUCGCUGUUUAAAAGAAAGGCCAGACUUCUAAUCUGUGGCAACUUCGAGGGCAAGCAGGGCGAGGAUUCUUACGCUGGAGGAUGCCAGAUGGAUUUGCUGCGAACCAUGCUGGCCAGAGCUGUUCAUUGCGAGUGGCAUGGGGCAAUCACUGACAUUCGGAAUGCCUUCCUUUUAGCACCACUGGACACAGGUUCGGUGACAUAUGCCCUGUUCAUGCCCAAGGUUUUCAGGAUGGCUGAAGUUCCUUGUGCUGAUCAGCUCUUUCGAGUAGAUAGGGCGUUGUGUGGUUUCAGGAGGAGCCCUCGUCUUUGGGGGCUAUAUCGCGAUGGCCGACUUCGCAGAGGCGAGUUUGAUUAUGGUUCAAGUCGUGCAGUUCUACGCCAACUUCGCACUGAUGAGAACACUUGGGCAAGUGUGCUACUCCAUAAUGAGGAAAUCAUCGGUUACAUCACUGUAUAUGUGGAUGACCUUCUGUGUGUAGGUACUGUGGAGGCCAUUACAGCAGCGCAUACCUGGUUGGCCAGUGAGUCGAAAACCUCAGGCUUGGCUUGGAUUGGCCAAGAUGAACCUGUUCGCUUUCUGGGCACCGAGCUUCUCAGGUCUGCUAAUGGUUUCAGUCUAUUCCAGCGCGGGUACUUGAAGGAGGUUCUCAAACAUCACAGUCUACUUGAAGCACCGGGUUCCUUGACGCCAUGUCCUCAAAACUGGCUGUUAUGUGAAGUAGAUCUCGAGGCUGUUGCUUACAGCGAGGAGAUUUUGGCACGAGCUCAAAAGCUUACAGGCGAACUGUUAUGGCUAAGUACACGCUCACGGCCAGAUGUGAUGCACGCAGUAUCGACUAUGUCGUCCUUAUGUUUGCGCAAGCCUGUUUUGGCUGAGAGAAUUGGCCUGCGGACGCUAGCAUAUUUGAAGGAGACCUUCGACUACGUCCUCAAGUAUGGUAGAGCUGAAUGCAGCGACAGGAACAUAGUUAUCGCCUACUCUGACGCGUCAUUCGCGCCUCAGGGGGGGCGCUCCCUGGGAUGCUCCAUGGUGUGCUACAAUGGUGUGCCAGUAGCUUGGCGCUGCGGCAGACAGACAUUGGUCAGCCUAUCAGUCGCAGAGGCAGAGCUGAUUGAGGCCAUCAAUGCGGUUCAGAUGCUCUCUGGCAUUGCUGCCUUUACAGCAGAGCUCCACAAUGAACCUCCGGCGGUCAGAGAGAAUGCCCUCCGGAUUGAACACAUUCCGGGGCUAAAGGCUUCGGAAGCAGUUCAGCACGAGCUUGAGCUGCAGGGUCUUUCAGGUAGAGAUCCCUCUCCUGGUGAUGAGUUGCCGGAGCUUGAAGAGAUUCCAUUUCAGUCACCUCCUAGACACACGCGUGAGUGGCGCUCAGUGUCUUCGGUGAGUAUCGGAGUACAGGCUGACGUGCGCUUGCCCCCCGGAGAAGUCGUGAUGAGUGUUCAGCAGCCUCUUUAUGUGACAAAGAAUG